CCCAGUACCGGUUCCGUACGUUUCUCUCGUGUCUGGCGGAGUUAACCUGGUGGGGCACCGGAGAUCGGGGUGGGCGAUUGGGCCACCACCCCUGCCCAAAGACCGGCCAGCAAGACAGCGUGAGGGGCCGGCGGGGGAGCACACGGCGCUCUCUCCCCUGCGUCAACCAGGCGGCGCUGACGGUCGCCCGAGCGGCAGGCGAGAGUUCACCGGGACUGGACCCAGUCUAGGAGCGGUGCGCUUUCGGGUUCAUCGCGACCACACGCAGACCCGGACCAGGAAGUGGCGGGAGCUUUUUGGGAGCCGGAGCGCGGGCGGGAGUUCACCGGGUCAGACUCAGUUCUCACCGGGACCAGACGGACACGGACCCGGAGCAGAAUAGGUGCGGUGGGCGGGGGUUCACCGUGAUAAGACUCGGACCGGACCCGGAGCAGGAUUGUGGUGUGUGCAGCUACUGCCGUCGAGGGAGCCGGGACGAUGGGAGCGGUGAUGGGGACGUUGUCCUUGCCGACCAGACAGAGAAGACGUUGCCGAGACAAAGUAGAAGAUGAGCUGGAAAUGGCCACAGUUUGCCAUCGGCCUGAAGGUCUAGGACAACUGCAGGCACAGACCAACUUCACCAGGAGAGAGAUCCAGGUGCUGUACAGAGGAUUCAAGAAUGAAUGCCCCAGUGGUGUUGUUAACGAGGACACUUUCAAACAAAUCUACUCUCAGUUCUUCCCACAUGGAGAUGCCAGUAUGUACGCCCACUACCUGUUCAAUGCAUUCGACAGUGCACACAAUGGAUCCAUCAAAUUCGAGGACUUUGUGAUGGCCCUUUCAGUGUUACUGAGAGGAACCGUUCAUGAGAAGCUGACGUGGAUAUUUAACCUAUAUGACAUUAACAAGGAUGGAUUCAUCAGUAAAGAGGAGAUGACAGACAUUGUGAGGGCCAUCUACGACAUGAUGGGGAAGUACACCUACCCUGUGCUGAAGGACGAUGCUCCCAGGCAUCACGUGGAUGUCUUCUUUCAGAAAAUGGACCAAAACAAAGAUGGCGUGGUGACUCUGGAUGAAUUUAUAGAAUCCUGCCUACAGGAUGGAAACAUCAUGAGAUCCCUGCAGCUCUUUGAAAAUGUCAUGUAGUCACUCAGAUGCAGCAGAAGUUCAAACUCGCAAAAAAAAACACAAUCUGAAACAACUUGGUGUUGUCCAAUCUUUAUCUGGUGCAUGUGUUGGAGCCGAGUGUGGAAGUGAUUUCUAGACAAUGAUUUUCUAUUAUAGUGCUAAGAAGUGUCAACAACCUCUUAAAGUGCCAUUUCUCAUUUUGUCAAGUAUGCUUCACUGUGGAAUUAUAAUGAUCUGUGAUCACUUGCACAGCUGAUGUGCAAGAGUCUGACCAGUUUGCUUCAAAGUUCACUGCAUGCUUGCCGUUCCUUACCUUUUGUCUCUGUUCAAUGUUACUUCCUACUUUGGUUUCAAUUUUAAUUCUCAUUUCUCUUGUUUCUACACUCUUUUUGUUCAAUUGGUUUUACAUUUUCCCCACUUCAUGCAGACCCCUUCAGUUUCUCCCCCACCUACCUUUGCUUUAUUCUCCCCUCAGCCCCGUACUUUCAAUAUCUGACCUCUGCCAGUCUCCUCUCCUCCACAGUUACUGCCCUCCAUCUCCACACUCAUUGCUCAUUAUCUUCAUAUUCAUUGCACUCCACAGUGAAUGCCCUCUACCUCCACACUCAUUGUUCACUGUCUUCACAUUCAUUGCUCUCCACACUGACCCACCACUUCACAGUUACUGCUCUCCAGCUGCAAUGUCAUUGCCUCCCCAGCCUUGUGUCUCUCAACUUGCCCUGGAAGUAGCCUUGUGGCUAGUUCCUGGUUUAAAUGCUUUAUUUCUGGUUUAGAGGCCUAGUUUAGUCACUUGAACACUUCGUGUAAACCCACCUGUCCAGCCAGACUGAAACAGUGUUACUGCUGGGAAUUAGCAUGUGACCCAGGGACUUGGCUGUAGACCAAACCCUGCUCAAAGUGGGCCUGCCCCACAUGCAAAAUAAGGGUGGAUUAGGAAGUGCU